GGUGUGCAUCAAUAUGGUGUCGGCAAAACUGUUACUUUUCACAGCCCUCGUGGCUUGCAUGGCUGCCUACAGCUCGGCGGGAUUAUUGGAUUACGUUUACCCCAAGCUAGCCACAGAGUUCUACAAGCAGGAGCCCACUCCCGAUGGCUACCGUUUUAACUUGGAGGAGCCAAAUGGCAGCAAACGUGAGGAAAUUGGUCUCAUUCUAAACCCUGGCACUGACAAGGAGGAGCAUGUUCGCAUGGGUACCUAUUCGUCCUAUGAUGAGAAGACUGACACCGAGACUAUUACCAUGUACACCGCCGAUAAGGAUGGUUACAAAUCCCGCUACGAGAUUAAGAACCGUAAAUUGAGUCCUGGUGCUCUCAAGUCUGCUUCUGGUUAAAAUUUUGAAAUAGAAUAUUAUCAAUUAGUCUGAUAAUAGUUUAUUUUAUUUUUGGAAAUAAAAAAAAAAGUGCCUUAAA